CUCCACCUCCAGAGAGUAGUAACAACACCAACUACCAAGACCCCUAACACUUUUCCAGAAAGGGUCCUGGUUCUCCUCGUUGUGUAAGCCGCAGAGAAAAUGCUGAGCUGGAGCAGUGCCAGGCCAGGUUCCGUCUGACGUGGCUAUCGAGGAGCUAAUGUGAGCUUAGCUUUGGGAGGACAACACGACAAAGUUACUCACCAACGUUUGAAACAGAGAAAGUUGUUGCGAGUUGUAGAAAGAGAAAGAAACAGCUUUUUUAACGUUAGUCAUGAGAGAGAGAGAGAGAGAGAGAGAGAGAGAGAGAGAGAUGGUGGGCGGGCUUCUGUUCUGUUGAGUUGGACAUAAUAUUAAUACCUUAGAAUCUCCGCUCAUUUUAAAAACCUGAGCUCCUGGCUUACGCUUUCUCUCAAAAGCCAAACCCUUCUCUAUCUCUCUCUCUUAGGGUUUUGCUGUAACUACUACCACUUUUGCUAUAUCAGUCGCCCGAUCGGUAUCAAAAGAGAAGAGCUCCUGUCUUCGUAAUGGCGUCCUCUUCUCUCCUUAGAUCUACCACGUCCCCUCUUCUUGAAGCUUCACGUCCAGAGAUCUCUGCAUAUCAACCAUACAAUCGAUCCAAGGUAUUACGCCUUGGUUUCAGUCACAAUAUUAAUUCUUUAAAGUUCCAGUCAAGCAUCUUUGGUGCUGCUGUUCCCGGGGAGUCAUCACCCUCACAAAUAGCUAAGGGCCGGAGUAUCCAGCCGAUCAAGGCCACUGCCACUGAAAUGCCUCCUACAGUACAGAGAUCACGAAGCAGUGGGAAAACGAAGGUCGGAAUCAAUGGUUUUGGGCGGAUUGGAAGGUUGGUUUUACGAAUUGCAACUUCGAGGGAUGAUAUGGAUGUGGUAGCAGUCAAUGAUCCCUUUGUUGAUGCUAAGUACAUGGCUUACAUGUUUAAGUAUGAUUCUACUCAUGGAGUCUUCAAGGGAUCCAUCAAGGUCUUGGAUGAAUCUGCUUUGGAAAUUAAUGGAAAACAGAUUAAAGUUACUAACAAAAGGGACCCGGCAGAGAUUCCUUGGGGUGAUUAUGGGGCUGAGUAUGUUGUUGAAUCUUCUGGAGUUUUCACAACAGUUGAGAAGGCUUCAACACACAAGAAGGGUGGUGCAAAGAAAGUGGUGAUCUCCGCUCCAUCAGCUGAUGCACCUAUGUUUGUGGUGGGAGUAAAUGAGAAAACAUAUAAACCGAGCAUGGAUAUUGUUUCUAAUGCUAGCUGUACAACCAAUUGCCUUGCUCCUCUUGCCAAGGUGGUCCAUGAGGAGUUUGGUAUUUUAGAGGGUCUGAUGACCACUGUGCAUGCGACCACAGCUACACAAAAGACUGUAGAUGGUCCGUCAACGAAGGACUGGCGUGGGGGGCGUGGAGCUGGGCAAAAUAUCAUCCCUAGUUCAACUGGUGCUGCAAAGGCUGUUGGAAAAGUUCUUCCAGAACUCAAUGGAAAGCUCACGGGAAUGGCCUUCCGUGUCCCAACACCUAAUGUUUCUGUUGUGGACUUAACUUGUCGACUUGAGAAAAGUGCUUCUUAUGAAGAUGUGAAAGCAGCUAUAAAGUAUGCCUCCGAGGGUCCACUGAAUGGCAUUCUUGGAUACACAGAGGAUGAUGUUGUCUCAAAUGAUUUUGUUGGUGACACAAGGUCAAGCAUAUUUGAUGCAAAGGCUGGGAUCGGGCUGAGUGCCUCGUUCAUGAAGCUUGUUUCUUGGUAUGACAAUGAGUGGGGUUACAGCAACCGAGUGUUAGACCUGAUAGAGCACAUGGCAUUGGUGGCCGCCAGCAACUAAGUCCCAUGAGAGGCAGCACCUGCUGCAUUUAUUUUGUUAUUAACAAACAAUGAUUUUGGUUAAAGUGGUUAUAAGGUUGAUAGAGUUCCAUUUUUUUGCGUUUGAAUGGCCUUUGAUGUCAUCAUCACUUUUAUCGGGGACACUGCAUGAUGCAACUUAAAAAUAAUGCAUCCUCGACAUGUAUGGGUUCAUAUCAAUAACAACUUCCGUUUGAAGUGCGUGGC